UACACGUUCAGACUUGUCGGUGGUGAAGAUACUUUCCCCGUAUUGAAACUGGCCGUCUUGAGAAGAUAGCAGGUAGGGUUUCCGGCUUUCUGCACGAAAGUUUGCACGAAGCCCAACAAUAUCAUUUGCUCCUGCCUCACCGGGUAUACGUAACACCACGAGUCAAUCUCCCCAACUCUCCCUCCCUCUAUCUUGAGAAUCCAACCAGCAACCACAAUCAAGCCCUCGGCGACGGAUGCCACAGCUCUCAGACAAUCCAGCCCAUCAUGACAUCCCGAAGAACAGUCGUUCCGAUUGAAUUCUCUAAGCCUGGGGUUCAGCCGCCUGUCUAUCUCGCGGGUUCUUUCUCGGAUCCAGCCUGGCAGCCCCAAGAAAUGCGCUUUACGGUCGACGACCAGAACCAGCACCGGUAUCACAAAGAGGUUGAAGUAGAGGAAGGAAAGGAGUAUCAGUACAAGUUUCGCAUUGGGAAUGGGGACUGGUGGAUGUUGGAUGAGGAUUCGCCGACUGCAACGGAUGAUGCAGGUAAUCGAAACAACAUACUUGCCGUCUCCAUCCACCAGGAAUCUACCGAAACCGGGCAGUCGCAGCAAUCAUCAAAGGUUUCUGCUCCAUCAGCGACACUCGACAAGAUGGAUCCUGAACUUGAAACCAAGGGCGACACUGGAGCAAAGGCGUCAAUGAAAGACGACAAGAAACCCACUUACGCAAGCGUUGUAGCUAGGCAAAAUCACGUCGAGCCAGACAAUGCCCUGACAAGAGACCAAACAAGUACCCCCGAGCUGGCGAAUGUUGCAGCAGAGGUUGCGGAUGCAGCUACGAUUCUCGAUAAAGAACCACCCACGCCCCCUAUUCCCGACGAAGAAGCUGGUCGGAUUGGCUUUAGACGUAUGUCUCUGACUCCUAUUCCCGAUGUCGCGGCCACAGCAGCAGAGGUCGCCGAGAGUGCGGCGAUUAUAGAUGAUGAAGAUGAGCCAGAUGAGGAUGAGCAAAGACUUCAAAUGCCUCCGAUAUAUGCCAUGGUUCCUGGCGACGAGAUGACCGAAUCAGGUACAGUGACUCCAUGGGAAGACCGAGCUCCUCUCUUUGCACAUGAGUGUGUCCAGCGUCCAGAAACCGAGGAUAAAGAGCCAGGUGCACCUGAGACACCAGGAGCGGCCCUUGGACAGGUAGAAACUAACAUCGAUCCCAAUGACCCCACGAUUGAAGCCUUUCCAAGUGAGCGUCGUUUGAUCCUGGAGAGCGUCAGAACAUCAGCUAGCCGUCUGAACGAGGAUGAGACAGCAAUCGAAACCUCUUCAUCCCCGGUUAUUGGGCCUGAACCCUAUGUUGAGCGUCUUGGAGCCCCUUCUCCAUCGCCGCACCUGGAAACUAGCGGAGGCUCUCUUGACUCUAUUCCGGAAGACAGCAAUCGAGAAGAAGCUGCUACUAGUGAUGAGUUGGACAAUGAAGGGCCGGGUCCAAGUAUUGAUGGCCAUGAGGUUAGCCCCAGGGAGAUCGUAUCUCCCAUGGAGGGUCCCACUGAUACCGUCGAAUCAGCCACCCCGGGCGCGAGCUUGAAGGCUCAAUCCAGUGAUAAGCCUUUUGAACAGUCGGUCGAGAAUACAGCGGCAGCAAGCAGAAGCGAAGAGGGGGGCGACCAGACGCAGCUUACGAAGCGCAAAGCACCGUCGCCCGCGGCGGAACGACCAGCGACUCCAUCAUCGAUGCGCCCGACCGGCCAGGAUGCGAAACCCAAGGGCUUUCUGAGGAGCUUCCUGAGCCUCAUCUUUAUAGACUGGAUUGGAGGCCUGAUCACAAGAAUAUGUGGUGGUGACCGUCAUGCGCUGCUGGCCAUGACAGCACUCGUCCUCGUCACUGUUCCCCCUGCUGUGUAUCUCUACUACCUGAUCAACUCAAACCUGGCUCCCCAAUACCACAUUCCCCAUGCGGCGAAAACAAGAUAGCACAGAAUGGGAAUACAUACCCUCCGGAGGAACAU